AUGCUUUCAGAGGCACCUUCGUCUAUUCAUCCAAUUCUAAAGACAGUUCUGCCAAAUGGACUUUCCAUUUUGCUUAAGCCAAUGGCAGUGGAGGGAUCUUUAGUUGGGCUGGUGAUAAAAGGAGGUUCAAUUGAAAAUCGAAGACAAGGAUAUCCGGAUGGCACAGCGCAUCUUCUGGAGCAUGCUCUAAUCGAUCAAAUCAGUCCAAGAAUAAGAGAAGAACUGCAUAUUAAUGGGAAAACAUCAAACACGCACGUGUCUAUAUACGGAUACAGCCUGCAAAGCAAAUCAAAUGAGAUUGUACAAGAGCUACUUUCCACUGUAAAUAAACCAGUUACAGAGAAAAAUAUAACAGAGGAGAUGCCAAGAAUUCUGAGAGAGAUAGAACAAGUCAGAGAGACAUCUUCAGAUCAUAAAGAGAAAUUUAUCUCAGCAGUGCAAAAGGACACAGCAAUUCAUAACUCUACAAUUCUUGGCACUGAAAAGACUCUGCAGCAUGUCACAAAAGGCCAUCUGCAGAAAUUCCUUAAUAGCACACUCAUUCCAGGGAAUGUAUUACUUGUGGGAAUAGGGAAUCUGGAUAUUCCGGAGAUACUGAAGACAGCAAAUUCAUUCCAAAUCCCAAAGUUAGUUCCGUGCAAAGAUUCUGCUGCAUCAGAUGCACAAAUUCCAGGUGAAAGCACAAAAGAACCUAUUAAUAAAGUGCAGAAUAGAAGUAGCCAUGGAGAGAUUCUAGUUGGGUAUAAAAUUCCAUGGAAAAGAGAUAUAAAGGCAUAUGCUGCAUAUCUGGCCAUAUCCUACUCUAUUCAGAAGAAUCUUGAUCCAGAACUAAAAAUAGUGCCGCACUUAAGCUACACACAGGAGGGAGGACUGCUCUAUUUUUCACUCCCCAGAGAGAAAUAUACCAGCAAAGAAGAAUUUACUUCUACAAUAGAACAAGCAUCAAAAAGCGUCCUAGAAGACAUAUAUAAGAUUGCACCAUUGAAAGAGAAAGGACUUUCUCUUCCUCUUCUAGAAGUGCCUUGCUAUCUUUUUUCAAUAGGCUUGGGAACUCUCACAGUAGAUGAUCUAUUUAAGGAGGUUCAGAACCUAAAUAAGUCUGACAUUUCAGACGGACUAGCAAUAUUUACUACAUCUAACUGCCAUGUAUCUACAGAAUAUGAUAAUCUGCAGAUUCCUGCAAAAGAUCAGAAAUAG